AGCUUUGCCUGCAAAUCAUGAUCAGAUUUUGUAUCCUGUGCGCGGGCUGGACUGGUAGGAAAAUUUCUGUUUUUUUGGCCGAAAAAUCGCCGAAAUAAACCGAAACAAAACGAUUUUUCUCUGAAAUUUUCCAACCGGAGGCGAUUUUUUCAAAAAAUCGCCGAAAUUUCUCCUUUUACCGAAAUUUAUCUGAAAUUUCUCCGAUUUUUGGCGAAAUUUGCGGAUAUUUCUUCCGUCGACAUUUCGCCCCCCUCUUUCGUUUCGCCGACCUCCGAAACACGAAAUUUCGCCGAAAUUUCGCCGAAAAAACAGAAAUUUUCAUCCUUGCUUCCAUGGCUGAUAUAGAGUGCCCCAACAUCCGAAACAUAUGCAUACUGGCUCAUGUCGAUCACGGCAAAACCACCCUGGCCGACCACCUCAUCGCGGCGGCCGCAGAUGGCUUGGUCCAUCCGAAGCAGGCCGGGCGUCUCAGAUUCAUGGACUACCUCGACGAGGAACAGCGGCGGGCCAUCACCAUGAAGAGCUCCUCGGUAACUCUGCGUUUCAACGAUAUCUACCACAUCAACUUGAUCGACUCUCCGGGUCACAUGGAUUUCUGCAGCGAGGUUUCCACGGCAGCGCGGCUCAGCGACGGCGCUCUGGUGCUGGUGGACGCCGUGGAGGGCGUUCACAUCCAGACCCACGCCGUGCUCCGCCAGGCCUGGACCGAGCGGCUCUCACCCUGUCUUGUCCUUAAUAAGAUUGAUAGAUUGAUUAGUGAGUUAAAAUUGAGUCCUUUAGAGGCGUAUUCUAAACUGGUCAGGAUUGUUCAUGAAGUUAAUGGGAUUAUGAGCGCGUUUAAGUCAGAGAAGUACUUGUCGGAUGUUGAUUUAUUGCUUGCAGGACCGGCGGGUGAGAAUUUGGAGAAUUUGGAGCUCGUGGAGGACGAUGAAGAGGAUACUUUCCAACCUCAGAAGGGGAAUGUGGCGUUUGUGUGCGCUUUGGACGGGUGGGGUUUUAGGAUAAAUGAGUUUGCGGAGUUCUAUGUCUCAAAGCUCGGGGCGAGUGCGGCUGCAUUGCAGAAGGCGUUGUGGGGGCCCAAGUAUUAUAACCAAAAGACUAAGAUGAUUGUGGGGAAAAAGGGAAUGGGUGGAGGUAGUAAGGCGAGGCCUAUGUUCGUGCAGUUUGUGCUCGAGCCACUGUGGCAAGUGUACCAGGCAGCUUUGGAGCCUGAUGGAGAUAAGAGUAUGCUGCAGAAGGUGAUUAAGUCCUUUAACUUGAAUGUGCCGGCGCGGGAACUUCAGCAUAAGGAUCCAAAAGUUGUGCUUCUAGCUGUGUUGAGUCGAUGGCUUCCCUUGUCGGAUGCAAUCUUGUCAAUGGUGGUUAAGUGUAUUCCGGAUCCAAUGAGAGCUCAAUCUUUUCGUAUCUCACGUUUGCUUCCCAAGAGAGAGGUUUCAGAUGAUGGGCCUAGCUCUAAUGUGCUUGCAGAAGCGGAGCUUGUGAGAAAAUCAGUGGAGGCUUGUGAUUUCAGCCCUGAAGCACCAUGUGUUGCUUUCGUGUCAAAAAUGUUUGCAGUACCCAUUAAAAUGCUCCCACAGAGGGGUCCAAAUGGGGGUAUUUUAAACAAUUCUACUGAUGAAGGUGGAAGUGGUGAAUCAGACGAAUGCUUCAUUGCAUUUGCGAGGGUUUUCAGUGGGGUUCUUUUUGCAGGACAGAGAGUUUUUGUGCUUUCAGCUUUAUAUGAUCCAUUAAAACCGGAGGCAAUGCAGAAGCAUGUGCAGGAAGCUGAGUUGCACUCCUUGUACCUCAUGAUGGGUCAGGGGUUGAAACCAGUGGCAUUAGCAAAGGCAGGGAAUAUUGUGGCAAUCCGAGGCCUUGGCCAGCAUAUAUUGAAAAGUGCAACUCUUUCAUCCACAAAAAACUGUUGGCCUUUCUCGAGUUUGGUGUUUCAGGUUUCCCCAACGCUAAGAGUGGCAAUUGAGCCUUCUGAUCCUACAGAUAUGGGUGCCCUCAUGAAAGGCUUGAGGCUUCUUAACCGGGCAGACCCAUUUGUGGAAGUCUCUGUUUCUGCUAGGGGAGAACAUGUGCUUGCUGCUGCGGGAGAAGUUCAUCUUGAGCGUUGCAUAAAAGAUUUGAAGGAUAGAUUUGCAAGGGUAAGCUUGGAAGUCUCUCCACCACUUGUCCCCUAUAAAGAGACUAUCCAAGGUGAGGUAAGUGAUCUACUAGAGAAUUUGAAAUCGUUAAGUGGGAGCUUGGAUUAUAUUGAAAGGAAAACACCAAAUGGAAGAUGUUGUGUUCGAGUACAAGUUUUGAAGCUUCCACCUUCACUGACUAAGGUGCUUGAUAAAAGUGCUGAUUUGCUUCGAGAUAUCAUCGGAGGUAAGCUGGGCCAGUCCAAUAAAAGCUCUGAAACUCAGAGAUCAAGUCGUCUGGAAGAUGAGAAUUCAAUUGAAGCUCUUAGAAAGCGAAUAAUGGAUGCUGUGGAGGGUGAUAUUUUGGGUGAGACUGAAGAAAGUGACAAGGAUCGGGCUGAGAAAUGUAAAGCAAUGUGGCUACAGUUUCUUAAGAGGAUCUGGGCACUUGGACCUAGGCAGAUUGGUCCUAAUAUCCUCUUCACCCCAGAUUCCAGAGGGGAGGAUGCUGAAUUUCCUGUUCUUGUCAGGGGCUCCUCCCAUGUAUCUGAGAGAUUGGGGUUUGUGGAUGAAUCUAGUAAUGGUGGUAUGGAUGCAGAGCCAUCUUCAGUUGUAACUCCGGCACUGUGCAUGGAAGCUGAGAGUCUUGAGAGCAGUGUAAUAUCUGGAUUUCAACUAGCUACUGCAGCUGGACCUUUAUGCGAGGAACCAAUGUGGGGUUUGGCUUUUGUUAUUGAAGCACGCAUUUCUCCAUCGGAGGGACAACAGUCUGAUGACUUAGAAACUUCUUACCAACCACUAGAGCAAUAUGGAAUCUUCACAGGGCAGGUGAUGAAUACAGUGAAGGAUGCUUGUAGGACAGCUGUGCUACAGAAGAAACCCCGGCUUGUGGAAGCCAUGUAUUUUUGUGAGUUGAACACUCCAACUGAAUACCUAGGUCCUAUGUAUGCUGUGCUUGCUCGUAGGCGGGCUCGAGUUUUGAAGGAAGAAAUGCAGGAAGGUUCUUCACUAUUUACUGUACAUGCUUAUGUGCCAGUUUCUGAAAGCUUUGGUUUUCCGGAUGAACUGAGGAGAUGGACUUCUGGAGCUUCAAGUGCUUUACUUGUACUUAGCCAUUGGGAAGCACUUCCUGAGGAUCCUUUCUUUGUACCAAAAACCGAAGAGGAGAUUGAAGAGUUUGGAGAUGGUUCUAGUGUUCUGCAUAAUACAGCAAGAAAACUCAUAGAUGCAGUGAGACGGCAAAAGGGCCUCCCAGUAGAGGAAAAGGUAGUCCAGCAUGCAACAAAGCAGAGGACCCUGGCUCGUAAAGUAUAGAAGUUGCAACUCCAAUUGUGUCAUUAGCUCUUAAAAGAAUUGUUGUAAGGCUAUACAUCUCAUCAUUGAUUGAAGGGAAAAAAAGGCUGCUUCAAGUGGGAAUUAUCUCGAUGGUUGAUUGGAUAUGCUUGUCAGCAACUUUAUGCCCCCUUAUUCUUUCCUAGAUUUACUGAAGCAGUCACGUGGUCUUGCAAGAAAAGACCAAGUUCUUUCACGGGUGCAUUCAACAUCGGAAGAUAUUUCUGAUCUGGUGCCUCUAGUCCCCUCAAGACUAGUGCCGAAAGUAAUCCAGAGAAUGCCUAAUGUGUUUACUGAGGAACCUUUGAUUGUGCUACAUGUGGAGAACAUGUUAAGGUUGGAGAGUGGUGCAAUUCAAGAACUUGUUGGGAAAAUGAUGCUUGUGGCAAUGAUGGAUAGGCUGGUAGACUUGGAUGUAGAGAUUGCAUGGGAGGAAAUCUUACAAGAUGACUACAGCCAAGGGAUGUUUGAGAUGAGCUAGAAGACAUAGAAGAGCCAGCACAUGAUGUUAAAAAUGAUGGUGGUGAAGUAUGAUCUGUGCAUUACUUUCAGUAUUUUUUACAUGUUGUUCCUUUGUCAAAGCUCAAACAAGAAGUCUUUCCUCCUUAGCUAUGGCAUCUUAUUUGCUUUCGUUUAUUCCUGUAAUCCUUUCAUAUAUUAAAGAGUAUUUGUUCAUAUAAUGACAAGGCCAUUUGUUUAGUCUAAAUUACUGACUCUUAUUUCCCUGAUUGGGUCCCUGUGAUCUUGAGUCCUCCCAUAUGAAGCACUUGUUAUUUUCUACAAAGUGCAAGUUUAUCUCUAAGGAUAUACUUGUUGGGGUUUCCUUGGUAUUUGUGUAGGAAGGACCUCUCAUCCUUCCCUUGGUUUUUUUCUUUUUCUUUUGUCUCUUUUUUCUCUCAUGUAUUUGUUCUUUUAUUAAUAUAUUCUUCUUUGUUUCUGAUCAAAAAAAGGAUAUACUUGGUUGCAUCAUUUUAUGUCUUGGUAUCUUUUUAUGUGGGGUUGUAAGUUACAUGGAUGUGUAAUUGAUUAGACUUCAUAUAAAUCUGAUUAAUUGAGAACCAAUCCUACGGAUUCUAGAAACAAUAACCAGACAUUAUCCUUUUGUUAUUGGACAUUUGAUUUGAUACCAACCUGUAUCCAAAUUCAAUAUGCUAAUCAGUGGAUUAAACAAAGUGAGAUGACUGGCCAAUUAUUAGAGAUAUGCCAUUUCAUUCAGCUACAUGACUUGGAUUUUAUUGUGCUUCAAUUUCUUUUAUUGGGUUAGGUAUUGGUUCGGCCUAUUACAAUUAAAUACUGGUUGAAAUGCCUUUGCUAGGCACAAGGAUGUAGAAAAAUUACUAGGUCAUGGAAAAGGAUCAAGAGAUAUGGAAAACAAUUGAUGAAACAAGUUAUAGGUGGAGCACAUCAAGCACCUAACAAAAAGAUGCACAAAAGCAUGUAUGACAUAUACAAAGCCACCAAAGGGCCACAGACAAAGAGGAGAUAGGUUGAGCAGAUCUGUUUUCAUUUCUUUCUGACAGGCAGAAAACCUUUUGUGAUUGUAUCUGUAACUUUUGCUGAGAUUUUCCUCUAUGUAUCACAUGCUAGUCUAAUUCACCAUUACACUGUACUAGGGUGUUAAGUACCACCAUCCAUCUUCAGAAAGUCUCAAACUGCUUAACUCAACAACACCUACUACUUAAGGCCAGCUAAGCAUAGUUACAGUCUAUCAUUCAGCACACAAUCAACAUAAUCUGAAAAGUUAUAUAAUAAGUUAGUAGUUUUUUCUACAAAGUUGCUGUUAUUGUUGAAGUUUUGGUAGGUUGUAUUUAAAUCUAGUAGUCUUCAUUGUGUGUAUGUGUGUGUUGCCUUUGGCUUUGCGGCCUUUAAGCUUCUCCAAGUCUCCAAUUUAUCAUUUUGGUUAAAAGUUGGAAAUAUCAAUUUCAGAGCUUGUAUGGGUGUUAAGUUCUGUUUUAAAAUAAGUGUUUGAACUGUUGUAGCUGAUGGGUUGUAACACAGUAGUGUUUUCAAUGCAUAUCAGUAGUAAUUCCCAAGAUGAAUGAAAAACUCAAAAGUCUAAUACUUAUAGGUCCCUCUGUUUUCUUUUGGUCCUUUGUUUGUUCUUUCCUUUUAGGUUCUGUUAAAUAUUGAUUGGUUACCUCAUGUGUAUGUAGGGCAUGCUAUUUCUGGCACAUUUUAAUAUAUUCUCUUUGCCUAUAAAAACACUUACAUCAUGCAUCAGUUUUUGAUGAACUCAAACCCAUGGUAACAUAUGGUUUUUAGGAGUCAUUUGGUUAUUAUAUUUCAAUCUUCCUCUACUCUGUGAUCUUUCAAAAUGCUUGUAAUUGUUAUUUCAUCUUGCUAUUGUAAAACUAAUGUAGUGUCAUUUUUUCAGCUUCAUAGAGGAUCUUUAAGUCAAAAGAGUUUAGGGGGAAAUUAGAUAGCUUAAGGGUACUAACUUUUGAACAUCUUGAAUCUUGUGAAGGAGGUGGCCGAUUGAUUGAGGUAUUUGAAACUCUUAUACCGUCAUUUCAGACAACUGUUCUGAAUGCGUACAAGUCAAAUUUGCUCAGUUUGUGAUGUUCUAUGCCUGUGCUCUUGACCCUGAAAAUUGUGGUGUGAGAUUUGCUAGGAUGCUUGCAGAUUUUUUUGUUUGCAGUACUUUCUCCACCCCCAUGCCCCCUCAACAGUUUUAUGCAGAACGAGUGGUGUUGCUUAUCUUGCAAGUUAUUUGUCCCAUGGAAAGUUUCUGACAACCUCCUUUGUUGAUAAUAUAUUGGAAAGGUCUAUGAGGUCUCAGGCUGGUGGUUUGGUGUUUGGAAUAUUGCAAAAAAUUUAAUGGUGGCAUAAAUCCUGGAACUUGUUGAGUUUUUUAUUCUGGAUGUCAGGUAUAUGAUGCUUUGGAAAUAAGUUAUGAAUAGUCUGCAAAUCAAGGCUUAAAUAGCAAUAUCUUUCCUAGUGGAUAAGAAUGUCUAUGAAGAGUAAGCAGCCUCCUUCCUAAAAGUCAAAGACAAUAACUUCAUAGAAGAAGGUUCAAUUGAGUUAACUGUUCUUAAAGUUUACAAAUUGUUGAAUAUUUUGUUCAAACUGGAGGAGAUGCGGGUGGUUGGCUAGCCAUUAACACAUUUAUUUUGUAUUGUGAAGCUGCAUCAUGGUCAGUAAUGGAUUGUUUUGAUAAAAUUUACGUUCGUUUUCUCAAGUAAAUAGAUCAUUGUGGAAUGAAUUCUCCAUUUUUCUUAGGAUUCAGAAGAUUAAAAGUUUUGCUACUUCUGGGGGGAAAAAUGUUCCAGAUUUGGUUAAAAAUAUGACCUUAAAACAAAUAUUUUUCUACUUACUGAAAUUAUGACAUGACUGAUGAAACUUAUUUUCUAGUAAAAGGAAAGGCCGAUAAAGAGGAACUUUAAGUAGUUCUAGUGUCUAGUUACUGGUAAUGAUAUCACAAUCCUUAUACUGUACAUAUGUUGCCUGUUUAAUGUCUCUUAUAGGGGUUUAGGGGAGUACCAGGAGAGGCAAGGUCCUCUGGGAAAUAGUUUGCCUUAUUUUGAUUUGAAUCAUGUGGCAGGAACAAAAUGAUGGGACUUUUUAGGGCAAGUGGAAAAUUUCAGAAAUGAUAUGCGACCUAAUUCAUUUCUAUUCCUCUCUUUGGGCAUCCUCUACCAUUGUUUUUGCUUUCCUUUUUCUUAGUUAUAUCACUAUAUAUAGUUAGGACUAGAAAUCUUAGCCACAAAUGGGUUGAUUUUUUGUAAUGGAGUGAAAUAUCCUCUAAUGGGACUAAAGUGAUGCUCUAAUCUAUGGAGGAAUUUAAGGCCCCCACUAUAAGCCUUUUAUGGAUU